AUGAGGGAUUUCAAGGGACUCGAUCUUUCUGGCAAGGUUGCAAUUGUCACUGGCGCAUCAAGGGGGCUUGGAGCUGGCAUUGCAACUCUGCUGGGUCGACGCGGUGCCAAUGUCGUCGUGAACUACGUAUCACCGGGGAGCAAAGAACGGGCCGAAAAGGUCGCAUCUGAGAUCGAAGCAAACGGCACCAAGGCCAUCGUGUGUCAGGCGGAUAUGAGUAAACUGGACCAAAUCCCAAGAAUCGUCGACGCUGCGUUAAAAAUUAGCCCGAGCGGGAAGAUUGACAUUCUUAUCCAUAAUGCUGCGCAAGGAAGCGAAGCCAACUUGGUAGACACGACCGAAGAAUUCUACACUCGCCAUUUCGACGCCAAUGUCAAGGGUCCUAUCUUCUUAACCAAAGCGGUGGAACCUCACAUCGCAAGAGGUGGCCGCAUCGUCUUCAUUUCGUCCGCCGGUGCCCGUCUAGGAGUCGCGGGCCAGACCGUGUACGCCGCAACGAAGGCUGCGAACGAGGCGCUCGCGCGAGUAUGGGCAAAGGAAUUGGGUCAGUCUCACGGAAUCACAGUCAACAGUGUGAACCCUGGACCGAUAGCAACGGAUCAAUGGUUCCAGAGCGAUGAGCAGUUCCUCAAAGACAUGCAGCCUCUGAUUGACUCGACUCCCGCAGCAGCCCGGGUUGGAGAGGUGGACGACAUCGCGCCAUUGGUGGCAUUCCUUUGCAGCGACGAUGCCAGGUGGACCACAGGAUCCGUUCUGUCUGCGAACGGCGGCCUGUAUAACUAGAUUUUGUCUACCUGCAAUUAAGCUACCAAAGUUAAAUUCCC